GCAUCACCAGUCGUCCUACAAGCAUCCAAGUGACAAUAUCUCCAAGUCAAGUUUGUAAAUUACUAAGAAAAUACCAAAAUGUUCCGCAUUAUCGCUGUGAUCUUCGCCCUGGUAGCAAUGGCUUUUGCUGCUCCUGGUUACAUUGAGCCCUCCUACGGUGUGGUUCCUGUAGCCCAAGUGGUGCCCGUGGUGAAAUCUGUUCCAGUGGUGCAGCACGUUCCGGUGGUGAAGAAUGUCCCAGUGGUUCAGCAUGUCCCUGUGCUGAAGUCCUACGCUGUUCCCACCUAUGGACACCACAUCUACCACGGUUAAAUUUUGGAAAGAGCUCAAUCGAUAUCGCACGGGAAUAAAUAAAAUGUUUAUGCUUGUAAAAGG